AUGGCUUCCACCGGAGCAGCAACAGCGACAUUAUCCGUCGAUGGAGUCGCUGCCAUGAGCGAUGCUGAGCUCGGCCAAUUCAUGACACAAUAUCGUCGCCCCGAUGGCGGUUACGAGCUUCCCGUUUGCGGGUGGGACAUGCUGUCCAAGGAUGAACGAAACCGCCUCGCCGAGAGACUGAAGGCCCAAGAACGAGCUCUAGCCCAGAGUCCCACCGCAUGUUCCCGCCCUCUCGAUCUCGAACACCUCGAUGCACGCCUACGUCAAGUAUCGUCCGACAAUAACGGUUCACUACAACUCGGACCACGACCCAUAGAUUCCCCAGAACUACAUACCCCUCCUUUCGACCCAGAGGCCUUCAAAAGGACACAGGAGAUACGGACUUACCAGGAGCUCACCAGUGACGGCGGCCGCCCAGUGUACCCGAUAGAUCUUCUUGAGGACGUUUUAACCGACCCAAGCAAGUAUACCGACAUACUGCGGCCUUGGCAGGGACACCCGGAUAACACAUUUCCUGAGGGCAUAUUCAUGAGACAGUUGCAGAGCUGGCAGGAUUUCCGCAAGUGGCAAACCGAUAAUCGCGGACGUGACGAUGAUGAUAACGAUUUUCCUACAUAUGUUAGGCGGUGGAAGCGUAUCUGCAAGCGGGAUUUGAGGGCGGGCGCUUAUAUCGAGUGGUUAGCCGAGGUCGAAGCUGAUCCGUCAUGCCUCAAAUCGGAUUGGGAUCAAAUGCAAUUACUACGCAAGCGGCAACGACGACUCUACAGAGAACACGGCUGCGAUAGCUUCCACGGCUAUGCGGAGGCAGUGAAGCGCCGCCUCACACGUCACGGCUUCGUCCGCCCCAUCCAGCUACACGAAGACCCCAAGAAACAAGAUCAAUUAACGACAUGGAUCGAAUACCUCAACUACGAGUACUGGUGGUUUGACAAACACACUAGCGACAUCGAACGCCUAGAGCCAGAUCACGACAAGGCUUGGCAGGAGCUCGUGGAUUUGAAGAUACUGAGGCCUCACGAGACAAAAGAAUUCGUGCGGACUAUAGCAUCCCCGAUGGAGCGCCAAACAGAAGACGAUAAUGCCUUGAAGGCAGUGAAGAGAGCAGAGUUGGAAGCGAAAAGGACCUAUAAUUUAACUCAGGAAGAUCCGCAGCGUUUGCGUAUUCCCAGGGCAAAGCGGAUAUCAAUGAUGAAAGAGAGCACAGAGAAAUUGCUUGCUGCAAAGCGACAGCGAGAGAAGACCCGAGACCGGAAUGAUCGAAUGGGGGAAUUUAUACGGUGGACAUUCGAUUACGCGGACGCGAAGAGAGAGGCUGCUCGUCACCGCACCUUGGUGCAAUGGGUCCUGGAGCAGAUUCCUUUGAUCGAGGCCGAGAUGGCUGAGUCCCGAGCAAAACAAGCCAAGCCUGGUCAGAUCAAAAAGACAAAGAGGAGGCUACCCACCGACGAAGCGCCUUUGGAGAAGCCAAACCCCAAAAAGCCGAAGCUUGAUCUUCAGGAUUCAAGCCCGUCUACAAGCAGCAGCGCAGCGGUCUCGCUCAAAGCUAGAGACACGCAGUUGGACCUCUCCAUUGUGACCGACCAAGAGACGGACCAACGUCUACAAACCAAUAAUUUUACCCGACGUUCGCCUCCGUCAGUGGAUAACGCUUGGGAUGUGUCUCAAGGACCUCGUCGUAGCGCGCGUAUUGCAGCACGCCGAGAGGCCUCCCAGACGGCCAUCAAGGCUAAGAGCGAAGCCUCUACGAACUUCAAAACCUCGUCUGCCUCCCGAGGGCACAGCAGUUUCAGCGGCAGCGAAGAGAGGAUUGCGGAGCGGUAG